AUGGCAAAAACAAGAGGUCGCAGUAUUCCAGUUGAUAUUCCCUCCACUUCUAAUUUGCAUUUGAAUUCCAACACAAGAAAGAGAAGAGCUGAGGAAACUGACAAUGUACAACAAAGGUCUGUAAGAUUGAGAUCUACUUUUCAAACAAAAAGUAGACCUUCUCAAUUGAUCAAAAUGAUGAAGGGAUUCACUGAGAAACAAAAAAUCUCAGUGAGAGAGAUUGGUUUUGGUGGCCUUCUUAGUUUAAAGUUAUGUAGAAAUCCAUCUGCAAUGCUUGGUUGGCUUGUAGAUUGUUUUGAUCCCGGUAGUUGUAUGUUUUCAAUAGACUCUUUGAAGUGCUUUCCGAUUUCUGAACAUGAUGUAUAUGAUGUUUUUUGUCUACCUCUGAACCCAAACAAUGAUGUAGAAUUAGUUUCAAGGUGUGCGAACAAGUAUAAUCCUGAUUUUCCCUUGAAACAAGAAUUUAGAUCCUUUUUUGGUUUUGAAGAUACAAAUGCAGCAAUUCCUUUAGAAUUGCUUGAACGAAUGAUCCCUAAGAUGAUUGAUGGUGGGGAUGAGUUCAAGCAACUUUUAGUUUUGCAUGCUAUUUCUUCUUUCUUAGCCCCUAUUCAAAACAGAACAAUAGACCUUAAGAUUGUAAAGUCCAUAGUAGAUCCGAAUAAGAUUAGUACUUUUAAUUGGUGUAAGUAUGUUCUUGAUCAGUUUUGUGACUCUGUUGUUAGAUAUCGUAAAGGAAAGUUGCAAUUUUUUUCUGGAUGCAUUUUUUUGUUGGAAAUUAUUUAUUUUCAUCGUUUGAAAUUCAAGAAUAUCUCUUUGCCAUCCUCUUUACCUCUUAUCUCUCAUUGGACUGAUAAGGAUGUGUCAAAAAGAAUUAAGGAGGAAACAUCUGCUAAUCAUUUUGGCAGUGGUUUAAUUUUGAGUACAUAUCCUGUGAGUGAAACAAUGGUUUUUGAGUAUGGUCAAGCUGUUGGGUUAAAGGUGAACAACGUUGAUAUUGGACAACCAAGUGUAAAUGAAGAACCCUUCAGAGAUCAAACAGUGCAAGACGAUGAUAAAAUUGAGUUUCAGUUGCCGUUGAAUGCAAUGCGUAAUUCUGAUAUACGCCGAUUAGCUGAGGAUGUAAGAAAUAUGUGA